AUGGACCAACACAAGGCCGAUGACAAUCUCCAUUACGUCGGUGGCCUCACAUGUGUUCUAGCCACCGAUGCCUCCAUUUCCUUUGCAGAUUUGAGGUGUCAAUUGCCAGACGAAGGUGUUCAGAAUGCCAAUGCCGGUGGUGAUUGCGAGAAGAACGAAGAUGAAGAUGAUUUCUCUUUCGCCUGCACCAACUCCGACGGAUCGCCGAUUUCCAUCGACAAUAUAUUCCAAAAUGGCCAGAUUUGUCCAGUGUUCCUGAUUUUCAACCGAGAUCUCAUGUUCGCUGAUGUCGACGACAACGAUUCUUCCAGAGCCAAAGGGGCUGCCGCUUCAUCUUCCUCUCUGCGGCCGCCAUUGAAGAAGCUCUUCUUUGAAGAAUGA